AUGUCAAGCAAUGUCAAGUUCAUGAAGGAUAUGCUGUCGAAGAAAAGACGUAUUGGAGAAUUUAAGGCUAUGGCUUUAACUGAGGAGUUUAGUGUUAUUUUACAGCAUAAGUUACCUUCAAAGCUUAAGGAUCCAGGUAGUUUCAAUAUCCCUUACUCCAUUGGAGUUAAUUUUUUCACUAAGUUCAGACUAGGGGAGGUAAUGCCUACAUUAGUUACAUUGCAGUUAGCUGGUAAAACUCUAGCAUGUCCUAAGGAUGUUGUGGAGAAUGCCAUUGUGAAGGUUGAAAAAUUCUAUUAUCCUGGCAAUUUUAUUAUUUUAGACAUGGAGGAAGAUAGGGAUGUUUCAUUAAUCCUUGAAAGACCUUUCUUAACGAUAGGACAAGCAUUUAUUGAUGUCAAGCAGGGCGAACUCGCUAUGAGAGUAGAAAAUGAACAUGUAACCUUUAAGGUUUUCUCUGCUUUAAAUUUGAUGCAAGUUCAAGAGUGUUGUUCAGUUUAA